AUGGUAGCCACCUUUGCUCUCCUGCUGCUGCCUCUGUUGGCGGAGGCUGUUGCCCCCCAAACUGAGCAGUUAGCUGGGGGCUUAGUGGACGAAGACGUCUCCGAUCCAGAGAUACAGGAUGUGGCUCGUUUUGCCACCCAAGCCUACAACCAAGCAGACGACGGCCUGUUUUAUAUCCGAGAUGUGAAGCUGAUCCGGGCCCAGAGUCAGGUUGUUGCAGGUAUCAAGUAUGUCUUGACCCUGGAGAUGGCACUUACAAAAUGCCUGAAGAAUUUGCCAAGCAAUGACCUCGAAAAGUGCCAGAUACCACCCGAUGCAAAACGCUUGGUGGAAUUGCACUAA